AUGAGGACAGUCUGGACUCACAUCUAUGUAGUUGGAACACGGAGGAGUAUUGCAAUAGCCCUUUUGGAUAACUGUUUGAAAUUGGCACAAUGGAAGAAGCUGGAAUUUGUGGGCUAGGGGUGAAAGCGGAUAUGUUGUGUAACUCUCAAUCAAAUGAUGUUCUUCAACAUCAGGACUCCAAUUGUGCUGUCACAAGUAACAAGCACUCAUUGGAAGAGGAUGAAGGCAGUGACUUUAUAACAAAGAACAGGAAUUUGGUGAGCCCAGUGUACUGCACACAAGAGUCAAGAGAAGAAAUUCCUGGACGAGAAACUCGAACAGAUCCCCCUGAUGGUCAGCAAGAUUCAGAAUGCAACAGGAACAAAGAAAAAACCUUAGGAAAAGAAGUUUUAUUACUGAUGCAAGCCCUAAACACCCUCUCAACCCCAGAGGAGAAGCUGGCAGCUCUCUGUAAGAAAUAUGCUGACCUUCUGGAGGAGAGCAGGAAUGUUCAGAAGCAAAUGAAGAUUCUGCAGAAGAAGCAAGCUCAGAUUGUGAAAGAGAAAGUUCACUUGCAGAGUGAACACAGCAAGGCUAUCUUGGCAAGAAGCAAACUAGAGUCUCUUUGCAGGGAGCUUCAGCGUCACAAUAAGACGUUAAAGGAGGAAAAUAUGCAACAGGCACGAGAGGAAGAAGAACGACGUAAAGAAGCAACUGCACAUUUCCAGAUUACUUUAAAUGAAAUCCAGGCCCAGCUGGAACAACAUGACAUACACAACACCAAACUCCGACAGGAGAACAUAGAACUGGGAGAGAAGCUGAAGAAGCUCAUUGAACAAUAUGCACUGAGAGAGGAGCAUAUUGAUAAAGUGUUCAAACAUAAGGAACUGCAGCAACAGCUUGUGGAUGCCAAACUUCAGCAAACAACACAGCUGAUAAAAGAUGCUGAUGGAAAACAUCAGAGAGAAAGAGAGUUUUUAUUGAAAGAAGCAACAGAAUCGAGGCACAAAUAUGAACAAAUGAAACAGCAAGAAGUACAACUAAAGCAGCAGCUUUCUCUUUAUAUGGAUAAGUUUGAAGAAUUCCAGACUACCAUGGCAAAAAGCAAUGAACUAUUUACAACCUUCAGGCAGGAAAUGGAAAAGAUGACAAAGAAAACUAAAAAACUGGAAAAAGAAACAAUAAUAUGGCGUACCAAAUGGGAAAACAAUAAUAAAGCACUUCUGCAAAUGGCUGAAGAGAAAACAGUCCGUGAUAAAGAGUACAAGGCCUUUCAGAUAAAACUGGAACGGUUAGAGAAGCUGUGCAGGGCUCUUCAAACGGAAAGAAAUGAGCUGAACGAGAAGGUGGAAGUCCUGAAAGAGCAGGUCUCUGUCAAAGCAGCAGACAGGGAUUUAGCAGUGUCUGCACUGCAGCCCUGCACUGCCAUGGAUUCUCACAAGGAGCUGAACACUGCCUCGAAAAGAGCCCCAGGAGUGCACCUGGAGGCCGAGCCCCAGGUGGCCGGCGACAAAAGCGCCCCUUCCGCAGGCUUCAUGCCAGGCAUUGAGUCCGUUGACUAAGACAAAGUGUGACUACUGUAUUGAGAGAUAUAUUUUGUGUAUAACUUUCUGUUAGUAGUAACUAUUGGUUUUGUGGUGAAAAUUUUCUUACUUUUUCUACCAUAUCUGUAUUUUCUUAGAACUACUGGACUUAUGUGGUACAGGAGGCUGCUUAGCAGUUUUGAAUAGUUUUAAUCUAUAAAUUUUCCUCAGCUGUGUUGCACAUCUGCCUCAUUUCCCCCCUUCAUAGGAAUGCAUGUGUUCAUUUCCUUGUUCUCUCUUCCCUGCUCCUUGCAUUAGGAUCCUAAUGAAAAUUUCACUCAAGACAGGGCCAAUCAUUACAAGGGAACUUUGUUCUGACAGUAGUUCCUUGAUGUGAAAACAAUAUUAAUUUAAACAUCUUGCCCCCCCCAUUAAUAUUUUUUAAAAAUAAUCAAGAUUAGAAAUGCCAGGUAGAAAUAAAACUCUAGUGUUGGCUCAGAAACAUAGUAUAUUUGAUUCAAAUUAGCUUUUUGAUAUAUUUAUAUCACUUGACAAAUUGAGAAGGCUGCAAGCCUCAGAAUCCCUCUAAGGUUUGGCAGAAUAUGUAUAUAAAGAUGUCACUUGUGAACAAAGUAGUAUAUUCAGGCACAUCACUGGACAAACAGGCUUAACGUUUAUGUGACUUUAGAAGUACUUAUACUGCUUUGAUUUCAAGUUAGAGCCCAUUUGUGGAAUCUGAUCACCUGAUGCUUACUGUAGAGGAUGGUGGUUUGUGUUUGAUUCCAAUUUGGGUACGUAUUUUCCACUUCCUACAGAAAGCUGAUUAUUCUUUGAAAACGGCUGAUGACGUUUGCAGCCACUUCCAGUCCCUUGUCAACUGAAGAUGAUGAGGGUGAAUUCCCACGUAGCUUUCACUAGGGCACAGUUCCUCUUCUACCUUCUGGCUCCUGUUGGUGUUCAAUUGUUAUAGGAGUCUCACCAGCAAAGUACUCCAGGUUUUUAAAAAAGGAAUUUUAAUUGUGGAGCAGUGCUACCUGAAACCGAUUUCUUUUCCGAAACAAACACUGGAACCAACAUUUUUAGUGUGGGAAAACUUGGUGAGUGUUCAGUAGUCAGGACUUAUUUAUUCUUUGUCUGUUUCCCACCCCUUUCUUAGUUUUUUUUUUUUUUUUUUUUUUUUAAAGGAAAAACCAGUAUUAUCAAGUCUCUACACUUGGAAUGGGGUAAAUUUUGAAAUUAAGCACAUAACUUUUGAAUUAUUUUGUCUUUUUCAGUGUUGACUGUGGCUCAGUUAUGCAAAUGAUUAAUCAGGCUGCACUGAUGAGUUUCGAUUUUGUCUCGUAUAAUUUGCAUUGAAAUACUUUAUGAAAUAAAAAGGUUCUACGAGAACUGAUGUUAGCACAUUCCACUGAGCAAAACUAUCAAACUGACAAACUUGUUAAAUUGCUUACUGGACUGAAUAAACUCCGUUUUGUCCAGUUAAAAAGGUUUUCUCUUUGUUAAAAGUUUUGUUUGUAAAGUCCUGUCACAUUAAUAGUCUAAACUGGGUUGAAAGAAUUGAAAAUUGUCCAAUAGAUAGGAAACAGUGCCUGGAGUGGAGGAUUAUAUCUAAGCUUCCGCCAUCAGUCAUGUUAAUCAAUCAAGGGGCCAGACAGUGGAGGAGAAGAAAUCCACAAAGUAGGUUAUCUAAUUACUCUGUCAAAAUGAGUCAGAAGCAAGAACAAUACCCUCCAACAGCCUCUUAUAAAUACCCCUCUUUGGCUACUAAAUGAAAUACUGGACUGAUUCAUUUCUCCAGGAAAGAAAUGAACAUAUAUCAGAAAUAUAAUCUACCAUAAAAUUAGUACUAAUGAUCACAUUUCACAAGAACUCUGCUGGAUGUACAGCUCUUAAUGUUUUAAGCCACUUGUGUAGCCCACCACGUUUCUUUGUGGUGCUUGUCCUGUGUGGGAGAUUGUAAAUCUUGGACCUGUUGCAUAUUUUUAAGGGCUUUAUAAAGCAAUGUGACUAACAGUACUUGGCCUGCUGCUUUUGGCUUACUGUGUAUUUUAAGCUAGAUGCUAUCACGGUGUUUAAAGAAUAUGGAUUCUGUCUGGGAUGCAUUUGAAUUGUGUCCUUUCAGAAUCUCUCCUCCCAUUACUCUGUGAAUAAAAACAAAUGGGACCCUCUGGGAAGGAGACCCUCUUUCACCUCACCAGCCCUGUGUUGUGGCUUUGUAGCACACCAUGUAUCUACCAUAUUCUAGAACACUGUAAUGCUACUAGGCUGGCCCAGAAAAAGUUUAAAUGUUGAAUUCACUUAAAUUGCAUUUGUUGCACCGUCACUGAGUCUUGAUGUGUAUUAUUUAUAGUGGCAGUGGACUCCAAGAUGUAGAGAAAACUUGGGUCUUGGAUAAUGUACCAUUUCAUCCUCAGACUUGUAGGAGUACUUUUCUUGGUCCUGAGACCAGUAUUUUUUAGUUACAUAUGCAACUGCCUUUAUUACACCUGGUUAUCACAAUUCAAUUCUCAGGUGUUGCAGAAAAAUCUACCUCUUUCAGACUGUAGAUGGAAAUAACUGUGAAAAAAAAUGCAGAUAUCUUCUAGUUUGUGCUAAACACACUGCUUUAUUUUUACAGCCCACGUCUUUCAUGAGGAUACGAAUUGUUAGAGGCAGUCUUGUUUUGCUUUUCAAAGACAUUUUGUAGAGAUUUUUCACUAAUGUGAAUCUGAUUUUAUCUACUCAAUUCUGUAU